UUUUCUCUUCUUCCCCAAACAACAAAGGGGCUCUCGGCCGAGAUGGCGCCAGAUAUUGCCAUGAACCUUGCUCCCCACCCCCUCUCGAGGCGUUAUCUUGAGCAACACGAUUCUCUGUCCAGGCGGUUCAGCAGUUUCCUAACUGGGAAGGUGACUUUUGUACGUUCCAGAGGGAACAACAACAGGACGAGCAACCGCUUCUCUCCCCAGACCGGAUUCUCCCAUUUUGACAGCUUGGCAGGAUUCAGAUGUGCGUUGGAUCCUUUUACCGUUGUUUCUCAAUAUCUUUCUCCUCAAGGAAGUACUACUUUCUGUUCUUGUUCGCCCCGUGUAACGAGACCACCCGUCCUUUUGCUGUGGCUCCUGCCCAUGAUGUCUUCCCAACUGCCGUCAGCGAAUGGCGCUGCCACACCCGCGCGGCACUCUGCACGGCACGCACACGGGGCAGCCCUGGCACAGCGGCUCAUUCCCGGCCGGACAAUAUUGGGCACACACAUGGUCCAAAAUUCUCCGAUCGAUGACUGUUCCCGGAGUUCAUCUCUUGUCUUUGACGGGAGCAUAAUGUCAGCAUUAUCAAGCUCGGAAACCUUCCCCCUGGUAUUCUCUCGUGGGAUGUAUUUUUCCCCCCUUUGGUUCGCUGUCUGGGAUCAGAUUACAUGCCAACAUUGGAAGACCAGCAAUGGCGGUCGAGGGAUAUCAUGUGUCUUGAUAUCGUCUUUUGGUUGCUGCGCCAUCCUACCAGACAAUCGCAAUGGUACCCUACAAGCAACUCCCUUGACAGCUUGCACCACGAAUUACUAGCUCCCGUCUUGGGUAGGUCGUAAGGCGGUUUAAUCUUGGCCACCCUCUUCUCACCCACAUGGCACCCGCAUUCAGCAUCGUGUCAAAGUUCUAAGCAUGACCUGGUUCCUACCUAACCAGGUUGAUAUAUGAAAAGAUGGUGGAGAAGGUCUGACAUCUUGUUCGCGAUGCCCUUUGCGGAAGGUGGUGAUGAUUUUGGGACCAAUAUGUCAACGCCAUCACGGACAGAGAUAAAUAGACAUGUUCAUCUCGCUGUUGUUUUUCUGUUGCAAGAUCACCAUCACCUCUCUCUCUCUCUCUCUCUCUGUCCUCAUCCUCCUCACUUGUCUACUCGCGAGUUUAACAAAUAACAGACUUCAACAUGCAGCUCCUCCGGGCCACCACCUGCCUCCUCCUCCCAACCCUGGCGUUGGCCGCUCCUCCUGUCAGGGAGGCACCUCUCCUCACCCCCCGCGGUGCAGCCGCCUCUCAGCUCAUCGACGGGAGCUACAUCGUCAAGCUCAGAGACGGCAGCAGCGAUGCCGUCCUCCAGGGUGCGGUGAAGGGUUUGAGCACCCAGCACCUCUACAAGGCCGGCCGGUUCAAGGGCUUCGCCGCCAAGCUGUCCGCUGCGAAGCUGGCUGCCAUCCGCAGGCUUCCCGAGGUCGAAUUCGUCGAACAAGACGCCGUGGUCCAGGCAUACGACUUCGUCACCCAGGAGGACGUCCCCUGGGGCCUCGCCCGCAUCUCCCACCGCAGCCCAGGCCAGACCUCGUACGUCUACGACGAGUCCGCCGGCGAGGGCACCUGCAGCUACAUCAUCGACACGGGCAUCUACGUCAACCACACUCAAUUCACCAACCGCGCCCACUGGCUAGCAAACUUCAUCGACACCGACAACACAGACGGCAACGGCCACGGCACCCACGUGGCCGGCACCAUCGGCGGCGUCACCUACGGCGUGUCCAAAAGAACAAACCUCUACGCCGUCAAAGUCCUUCGCGCCUCCGGGUCCGGCACCCUCGCCGCCGUCAUCGCGGGCAUCGACUUUGUCGCCGCCGACUUUCCCACCCGGGGCUGCCCCAACGGCGCGACGGCCAACCUGUCCCUCGGCGCGUCGAGGAGCACGGCCGUCAACGCCGCCGCCGCCGCCGCCGUCAGGGCGGGGGUUUUCCUCAGCGUCGCGGCCGGCAACAGCGCCGACGACGCCUUCUUCUACAGCCCAGCGAGCGAGGAGACGGUCUGCACCGUUGGGGCGACGGAUGAGGGGGAUGUGAGGGCUUGGUUUUCGAACUACGGGGAGGGGGUCGACGUUUUUGCGCCCGGGGUCGGGGUGGAGAGCGCGUGGAUUGGGGGGCCGAGCGCAACGAACACCAUUUCGGGAACGUCGAUGGCGGCGCCGCAUGUGGCCGGUUUGGCUUCGUAUCUGCUUGCGCUGCUGGGACCAAAGACGCCGGCGGAGCUGUGCGAGUACAUUAGGGAGACGUCCACCAACGGCACCAUCACGGACCUGCCCACGGGGACCUUCAACGGGAUUGCGUUCAACGGAAACCCGGGGGCUCUGUAAACGCGCUGGCGAGUGGUGGAUAUCGGGAUGCGAGUUGGCGGACCAUGAUGAGGGGAGGCUACUGGGUGGGUAUUUUAUGAGAGGCAAGUCGAUACGCGAUGCUCUGAUGUUUUUGUGUUUCCUUUGGAUAGAUUUCCAGUCUCCGAUGCUUUCAUUCCCAGGUUCAUCCGAAUUUGAGGAUGUUGGCUUUUUAUUAGUUAGUUUCUGUAGCGUUGCUCGACAGUCAUUUGGUAAUGAUAGUACUAUCCAUACUCCCUUGCAUAUCGUCUCAAAUCAAACACUUUGCAAGCAGUCAAGCUUCAUUGAACAAGGGCAUGCAUACGCCCAACCAUUUCCCAGUAGGUACCUAAUAAAGCAAAGACCUAAAACAACAUCAAAGAAACGCAAACAGUUUCCUAUCAAAUGCUCAGGGGGUAUUCAUAGCAGCAACCGCGG